AUGGCUGAUCUGCCUGAGAUUCCACCACAGAAUGCCACUAUUGACGCGUACAUCACCGAGGUGAAGGACAAAAUCGCUUGGGUUGAGGAGCAGCAGAGCAAGGGACUGCGCACCACUGACUACACACUGACCGACUUCAGUGAAACGAAGCGAGACCGCAUGUGGAAGAUGAAGCAAACCGGAGAGAUGACCGACACCAUCCUCAUCACAUCUGAUGGACAGAGUGAGUUUGUACACAUGGACAUCAUGCUGGAGCUCGGUGCAAAGGAGGUGUUCUUUGGCAAAGAAAAGGCCAGCAAUGAGAGCAAGUUCGUGAAGGAGUACACAGUGAAGGAGGACAUUUCGUCGGCCGUUCUCUCUAAAAUGGUCCACUACGCCUACCUGGAGAAGUGCCAGCUGGAGGAGGAGCCCGCCUCUCUGGUGAUAGCCCUCAGCAAGACUGCCUUCAAGUACGGACUGAACAGUCUGCUGAAGUACUGCAUUGCCCACAUGAUGAAGAACUGCUCGCCGCCCAUUGCCUACUUUGCCUACGAACUUACGCUGACGUACAAUAGGAGCAGCAGCAAGGGCAGCAGCUAUGCCUCCUCAUCACUACUCACUAUCGACAGCAAAGCAGCUCAAACUUUCUUCCAAAAGUUCAUUGAGGAUCAUUUUGAAGAGAUGGUCGGCACGGUCAUCUACGUCUUUGGCGGCUCCAACGGACGGGAGAUCUUCCGCACGAUGUGUGCCUGCGAUGUUGGCGAACCGAUGAGAGCUAGAACUGCAGGAUCCAGAAACGCCCGAGUGGGCCAGUGGGAGCGCAAGGCGGACAUGCUCGAGCGCCGCUGCUACGUCUCCAGCACCGUCCUCGAUGGACGCGUCUACGCCAUUGGCGGCUUCAACCAACAGGAUCGAGUGAAGAAGUGUGAGCGCUACGAUCCGACUACCGACCAGUGGACCGCUAUCGCCGACUUGAACUAUUCGCGCUCUGACGCAACUGCCGUUUCCCACGGGGGCCGCAUCUACGUCGCCGGCGGCAUCAAUGACAACACCAUCGAGUCCUCGGUGGAGGUGUACUGCCCGGUGGGCGACCGCUGGCAGCUGGUGAAGGCGAUGGCCUCUCCGCGCACCAGCUUCAGUCUCGCCUCCUUCGAUGGUCGCAUCUGGGCGAUGGGCGGCAAUGACGGGGAGCAGCGUGGGGGCAGCUGCGAAUCGUUCGAUCCGCUGACGGGCGUCUGGCGGGCGGAGGCGCCGUUGGUGAACGGACGGAGCACCUUCAAGGCGAUCACCUUCAUGGGCGAGCUGUACGCCAUCGGCGGCUACAAUGGCCAGUCGCCCAUCAGCACUGUGGAGAAGUACUCGCCUGGGUCGGGCCACUGGCGCGUGGUGCGCCACCUGCGCCACGACCGCAGCGGCAUGGCGCUGCUCGUUCUGCCAAAUGACUUUCUGCCCCUCAAGAUCUGA